CGUCACUCACUCGCCUACCGCGCAUGUGUGAAAGGGAAGAACCCGGAAGUGGAGCUUUUUAGGCUUCAGAAAUUAAUGGCUUCUUCUGAAUCAUCACCAAAUGCCUGGUGGCAUUGCUUCUUCCUUUAUGAUGGAUCCAAAGUCAAAGAAGAAGGAGAUCCAACCAGAGCUGGAAUUUGCUAUUUUCAUCCUAAAGAGACUCCAAUGGAGCGGCAGGAGCUGUUGUGCGGCCAGCUUGCUGGAAUGUUGCGCUGCGUCUCGGAAAUUUCUGGUUCGGCUCCGGACCUGAUCCGCUUCCGGAAGCUGAAAUUCUCCAUUGGCACCCAUGGGGAAUUCCUCUGGGUUCUAGGCUGCGAAGCUGGAACCCCGGACUCUGCUUGCAAGCAGCUCCAGCGCAACUUGAUGGGGAUUUUCCACUUUUAUCAUGGGACCCUGCAAAAGGCGUAUGCAGUCCAUUCGAAGGAGGAAUUGGGCUGCAAAUGGGAGAAAUACAUAGAGUAUCUCCUGCGCAACACCAGUGACCUACACCGCAUCUUCAACUCCUUGUGGGCCUUGGACAAAACAAAAGUUGAACCCCUUUUGUUGUUGAAGGCAGCCCUUAUUUUGCAAAGUUGCCAAAGGGUCACUCACGUUCUGGGCGGUUGCAUCCUCUUCCACGGCCAGGUCGUCAGCACUCAACUUCCUCCUGACCUCACCGCAAAGGUCAUGAUCCAGGAAGCGGAAAUACAGGAAGGUCAGUUGCCUCCAGGUGUCCAGAUGCUUCCUGUUUUCCUCUCCAAACAGGAAGUGGCCUCCCUCCGCGACUUCCCCCUCGAAUGGACUUCCGGAGUUCAAGAGGUCAAUGCCGAGGGUUCCUCCCCUUUUGCCGAAGAUGACCUUAGCCCUGGAAGUGACCCUUCUUCCUCUUCCUUGGAGCGAAUGACCUUGUAUGUCCAUUGCGUCCGGAGUGUGACCCUUUGCCUUUUGGCCGAAGAAGCUUUCAAAGACCCUGAAGGCGUGUUCCAGAGCAGCUUGGCAUCCUUGAAUGGGCUGGAGGUCCAUUUGCGUGAGACCCAAAUCCAAGAUGGCCGCCCCCAUGCCAAGACCACCCCCUCCUACACCUUCGGCCAUUUUGACUCCACGCAGAGGAUCCUCACUAGCAACUUCCUGCCUUGGGACCACCUGUUCCUGCGCGCUGCCAGUCGCAUCCAUGACACUUUCGAACAAAUACCCUCUGCUUCUGAAAUCUCUGUCAGGAGUGGUGGUUCUUCAUGUGCCUGUUCUCUCUAUGCACUGCGCGGGCCCCUCUUGCUACAGGAAGCCUAUUACUUCCCUGCCGCUGGCCCCCAUCUGUCCCCUCCUCCUCCAGCAUCCUCUUUCGGCGGUCCAGACACCAAGGAUGCCCUCUUCCUUUUGCCUGGAAAAGCCAAGCAGAAGCUCCUCAAGCAUGGAUUCAAUCUCCUCUGAAAACCAACCCACCCACCCAUCUAUUCAUCCAUCAAUAAAAUAUUAUUAUUAUAAUAA